AGUGACGAGAGAGACCCCAUUCGCGACACAAGUGCCCAACCAGCUCCUAACUAAGGGCAGUACCCCCCCUAUCUUCAGGACAGCAAAAUUGAGGACUCUGGGUCAAGAGCAAGAAGUGUCACCUGGCUGGCAGGUUCCAUGGCGGAUCAUGGCCAAUGUCUGAAGAGUGGCUGCCACUCCGACAGGGAAGGAAGUGCUCUGUGAAGUGCUUUUUGAAUGUUCUGGGUAAUCCGGACGAUUGUUUAAGGAAUUCCGGAAGGUCAGCUGCUCAAAAAGGAGGAAAAAAGUGGAAAGCUCUGUGUGUUGUCAAUUUUCUCACCGCGAGAAAAAAAGGAAAAACCCAGGAAAUUGAAGUCUGUGAUAAGUGAGUUUUUCUACCCCGACGACGGGGACAUGUUCCGGAACCUAAUUAAAAAGUUGCCAGUGGAAAUGGAGUGAAGUGAAGUGAGUCGUUUUCCCUCCUUUUGGCAAAAAAGCACUGGAAAAGUGGCAGACGCAGAAGCGAAAACUUGUAACUGAGAGCGCAUCACAAAGAGACAACUUUUUCCUUCGACGACUUCAGUGACGUCUUCUUUCUUCGCCUCCACCCACCUCUACCCACACACUCCACCCAACCCGUAUUUGAGCUUUGAGCGAAACUUGGUGGGGCCCAAAAAUCGAUGACGGGCGAAGCGAUGACGUCACGAGUAUCAGCUGUUGGCGGAAACGCGGUUGCGCCCCACCUGCAGCCCCCGAACGCGAAUCACCCGGUUCAGGCGCUCCGGACCGACGACAUCGAAGUGCAGGUCAUCGAACAGGUCGUCACCACCGAGCAGCACACCAGCGAGCGAAAGAGUUCCGGCGGCAGUGGCAAAGCAUUUGGCGCCUCGAAGGCUGUUUCCCUGCUAGCGGCAGUGAGCCAGGCAGCCAACCCCGCUUCCUCCACCGGCGGAACAGGAGCGGCAGCAACAGCACCGGCCAACGGAGCAGCCGCCGCCGCCGCCGCCGCUGGUCGCCCCUCGUUGAAGAACCCCGUCGGGUGGGUUUGCUGUGCGCCCUGCAUUUGGCUGCGGGGUUCCUCGACGGUGCACAAAAUGGCCAUCACGGCGGCCACCCUGCUCGUGACGUCGCUGCUGGUGGCCUCGCCGAUUUUGUUCCUAAUUUCGGCCGCACCGUCCAAACUGCCCACCGAUUGCUACAUCACGGAGGACGACGACUGCCAUCCGACGCCGCCGCCACCGCCGGAGUGUGCCGAUCCGAUCUGCAGGGCGGCGGCCAUCAGCAUCCAGACGCGGAUGAACUGGGACGUGGAGCCGUGCCGGGAGUUUAAGAACUACAGUUGUGCCCCGCUGGAGGGGAACAGCUUGAGGGCGGUCAAGAGUCCGCAGGAGAUUGCCGAUGUGCAGAUGCAGCAACUCCUCUCGCUCAACACCACCUCCGGUGUGUUUCGCAAGCUGGGCCGCCUGUACGGCAGCUGCCUCCGGCAAACCCUGAACGACUCCAGCAUCCGGAUGCGGCUGGACAAACUGGGCGGCUAUCUCCAGAUCGGUUCCGUCGGACCCCAAAGCAUCUCGCCGCUAAUUUCCAAAAUCAAAAAUAUCGGUCCGAUGCCCAUCAUCGGUAUCUACUACGACCUGAGUUACGGCCGGAAGCCCCAAACGCUGCUCAUCAUCGACGGCCCCACCACCUCGUCCCACAUCCUUGCGAACCCGGUCCGGUGGCAGGGCCCCAAAGCGCCCCCCAAUGACGUCACCGAGGACGUUCCGGAGCUGUUGGGCGAAUUAAUCAACGUUCUGCUGCCGCCGGGACUCACCACCGAGCAGCGCCACUCGGAAAAGAGUGUUAUAUUUAGCUUCGUGCGUGAUUUGAACCAGAUACGGCGGGAUUACGUCCAGAAGGACUUCACCAACAGCUACGUCCUGAAUAAUGUAACGGCGCUAAUAGGCACCCAUCCAUUCCUCCUAUGGCAGGAACUCCUCCCGGCCAACUGGUCCGGCCCUAUUGUGAUACGCAGCCCGGCCUAUCUGGACCAUCUGCGGAAGCUUCUCCUUGGCUACCAGAACCGCGUCAUCCACAACGCCCUGCUGCUGCUGUUUGCCCUCAACACCCUCCCUCCGGGCCGGCCAUCGCCACUAAUUUGCGCCAAGGCCACCAACUGGGCCCUGCCAGAGGUCACUUCGGCCCUCUUUAUCGGCCAGUACAGCGAAAGGGUCAUCCAGCAUGCCACCCACCGGACGGAGGAAAUGUUCGAAUUCAUGAAGCAACAUCUGAAGCGGGCCCCGUCGCUCCGAGGGGCGGCCCUAGUUCGGCUGUCCCAGCUCAAGGUCCAGGCCAAGGUGUGGCCAACGCUGUUCAACCGAACGGAAAUUGCUACCAUUUUGGAUCGGAUUGAAAUAAGUUCCGACAAUUGGUUUGAAAACGUACUGAAGAUCUACCAGCUGAACAAGGAUCGAUCAUCGUACAGAAACAUUUCAUCUGAAUCGAGUCAUACUGCUUACGCAUACCCUCAAAUCGCCCGGAUAUACUACGACAGCCUAAGCCACUCGAUCGUCGUCCCCCUCUCCGCCGUCCUGGUCCCGUACUUCAACCCCGUCCUCCCUCCCUACCUCCACUACGCCACCCUCGGUACGGCCAUGGCCAAGGAGAUCCUGCGGUCGAUCACGAAGGCGUUCGAGUCGAAGGUGAUGACGUGCGUGCCCAGUUCGGUGGACAUUUUCUCCAACGCCAGCCGGAUGGAUCUGCUGAUUCACUCCGGCGGGAUGCAGAUUGCGUACCACACGUUGCUCUCGCUGACGGGACCCAUCAAGGGCAUGAACCGGUUACCGGGGCUGAGUUUGACGCCGCCGCAGAUAUUCUACCUGAUGUCCGCGCAGGAGCUGUGCGCCGAGUCGGAGUACAACGGGGUGGACGUCAACUCGAACGAUUUUGAUGAAAUACUCACCUGGCUCAUCUCGCAAGGCGGAAGCGCGUCGGAUGUCUUUCAGUGCCACUCGAGCACGAUGCUGAGCUACCAGAAAAACUGCGACAUUUGGUAGAUAUCGGCCACGUCGUAGUGCACCAACAGUUAAAAGUGUCGGGGGCUUAGCCACGUAGAGGACCGGUGCGUGUGUGAGUGUGUGUGAUAUAAAAGUUUAAAAGUUUUUUUUUAGAUUUUUCGCGAAUAAGGUGUUGUGUUUCGACAUUCGAACCACUGGAUUCUAGGAAUCCCUUAGAGAAAAAAAAACGCUUCAAAUGAUUAGUUUUAUAUACACAUUAGUAGGCAGAGUAAGUUGCUGUUGAUACAAGAUGCUAUUAGAGGACGAUGUUAGGAUGUUAACUAAAAGAUUUAUUAAUCUAAUAGAGUAAACAGUGUGAUUCGGGAGGUUGUACACGACAAGAUUCAUCCCCACCUAUAAUCUUCUGAGACUUGAGUCAACGCAGCAAAUCAUCGGCAAAUGCUCCAUUUAGAUAAAAUUAGGUGCUUUUUAGGUAAAAUGUUGAGCAUAAUCCACCGCCCAUUAUCACCUUCCCCUCCCCGCAAAGUGAAGGUAAUUGUUGAGUCAAUUAAGAACGGGAAAAGUAGCUUCUAAAAUGGCGAUAAAUGUAAGACACUUUACUAGUAGCAACUACCAAGACAAUGUUAGCUAGUUUUAGGUAAAAACCCUGCUCCCCCUCGACACUCUUCCCGUGCUUGUUAGAGUUGGUGAAAUUUACUUAUCGUUUGAUGCUCGUUAGAAGCAAGCUCUAUUUUAAGUGGGUUUUAACUGUGACAAUAGCAUUUGAAAUAGAAUAUGUUAAAUGUUGACAAGAAAAGUGCUAAAAUCGAAUCAGAGUUGAAAGUUUGAAAAUGUUUCGAAGGGAGGAAGAUUGAAAAAAACUGAUAUUUUAGAAUAUGAACAUCAAAAUCAAAUUCCUAUAAAUUACAAACGAUUAUGAGUAGCGAAUAAACGGUGUAAAAUUGCGAAAGUUUAGCUUAGUAAUAAACAUAAAGUGUCCCUUAAAUCAAAAGAAAAAAAACCGUUAAGUAUUACCGAAAAUAAGUCGUUGAAACUCAUUGGAACUGAGCGAAAAAAGCAAGAUAUUAAAAAAAAAACGUUUUAUUUUCGAUCUGGCGAUUUGAUGAUUCGAAAGUCCCCGCGUAGAAAAAGAAACUUAAAUUAACAUCUAGCGAUUAAGUAGUAGUUAUUGCUCUCCCCCCGAGAUUAGUGAGAACUAGGCUGUAAGGCGGUCUCUCGUUGAGAUUUGAACAAAUAAACUGUUAUAGAGUGAUGCUGGCGCAGAAAUCAAAUUAGUAGACAACGUCCAAAAAAAAAAAAACAAUUAAAAACUCAAAAAAAGGUGAUGAACAGAUAAGUUUUUAGGUGAAACAAAAAAUCACUGGUAG